AUCCUUGAUAUUAUUAUUAUGUUUGUACCAUUUAACUGUAGUGACUGACAUUCGGAUAAAAUAUCAUUUUGGGCUUUAUAUUUUAAACUGAUGGCUGAUAUGCUGCAGCGGAAUUUGAAAAUAGGUUUUUUUCAUACAGAUUUGAGCGCCCACCCGGAGUAAGACGGGAACAACGUCAGGAUGGAGGAAUUUUCCGGAGUGCCGAAAGCCGCUUCAUGGAACCUCACGGACAUAAACAAAUACGUGGACUUCACGGUGGACAGCAGCUUUGCCUUCCUCAUGUUCUCCCUGCUGUCGGCGAUCGUGUGGGUCGUCUACAUCACUUACUACAACUCCCGCGUGGUUGGCUACUUCGUGACGCGCCUCCUCAACAGGUUGUUCAUACGGACGGGCUACGUGCAAGUCGGCUCACUUACAUGCAAUGUGCUGUCGGGCAAGAUCAUGUUUCGAAGCAUUGUGUACAUCACGCAUGAUUUCACAGUGCGAAUACAGGAUGGAUGGCUUAUUUUUCGCUGGUGGAGAUCCUACGUGCCAAGAGAUGUAUCGGAAGAUCUGUCUCACUCUGAUACGCGGCUGUCCGUGAUGGUGAAUGGUUUCGAACUACACGUUUACAACCGGAGCGAGAUGUACGCCAAAUUGGAGUCACUGUUUGGUCUGGACCCCCAGGUGUUCCCACGAACAGACGACCAAGCUGCUAAUGAAAACGGAAGUUUGGAAGAAGGCAUGCCGGUUGUUGGAACGUCAUCAAAGCAGCAGCAAGGAGGCCAGAUCGCUGCGAUACUGAGUCACAACUGGCGGGAUCUCAUUCCAGUCAUCAAAGUAGAUGUGACAACUGGCCACGUUGUGUUUGGGAAUCGCCUCGUGCCAACCACGCUCUCGGUAAAUGUGGAGGAGGCACACUUUGUGUACUCCACCAAGCCUGCAGCAUCCAGACUGGACCACUUCAUGCACUUCAUCAAGUGUAAGGCGGAGAACUUCAAGGUGAUUUUAGCCCCUAGCCCGAAGUACACUGGAAUGAUAGAUGAUCCUCCACGGUACAUGGGGGAAGGAUUCGUGAUACUCUCAUCUAAUAACAUGGAACUCUACUACUACAUGGAUGAAGCAGGAGUUGUACCGGAGGAGCCGUUAAUGUUGCAGCUGGCCAAUGGGGACAUUGUGGAAUCAGCGCCUCCAAUUUGGGGUGUGGACAUAAAGUGUGGGAAAGGAACGGAUUUCAGCUACGGACCUUGGGCAGACCGUCAAAGAGAACACCUGUUCAAGUUUUUUUUACCCAACGACUAUCAACCACUUCAGGUCACCAAAGUUUCGCAACCAGGGGAGAAGAGACGUGCUCAGUCGUUUGACAUUCGUUUGAGUACUUUGAAUGAGGCUACUGUCGACCUACUCUUCUCAAAAAACAAGGAAACGAAUGCAGUGCAUAUAAAUGUGGGACCAGGCUCGUACCUUGAAGUCACAAUGCCCUGGGUUGUUCAAAGUGAUGGUUACACUACAAAAAUAACUGGACAGUUGUUGCAUCUAGAGGCUACCACUAGUCUGCAAUAUCGCAGCUUGGUGGAGAGUGAGACAAUGGAGUUCACCAUCAAGUGCCACUACCCCAUAAGAUGGAACGACCAUCAAGAGUGGUUGCUCAACUUGACGGGCUGUAAGGCGACAGUCAACCUCAUUUAUGCUCACAAAUGGUUCUUUCAAGAUAUGAUAAAUGAUUGGGCUAGCAAGGCACAUCCGGAUUUGCUACACUUCGUCCCGUACACUUGGAAGCUGACUCUCCUGCUGAAGGAGUUUGAAAUCAUAACACUUUGCAAUGAGUUCAAUUGGAUUGAUUGCUCCUCUCAGAACCAAGAAAACGCACACAUGGCAUUUUGUGGAGAGUUGUUUGAUCUUUCAUUUGAUUUGCCAUUCAAAGAUUUCCUGCCGGUAACUAUCCCUCUCCACUUUUGGAUCCAGGGUGAAAGCGUUGACCUCGCACUGUAUUUACCAGAAGUGUCGUCCAGCCACUGCAUCUUGUUGGCGCUGGACCUCAGUGCCAAAGUAUUGGGACGUAAUGGAAACGUGAAACCCAAAGGAGCCGUUCAGAGGAAAUGGAGAAACGUAUGCCAAAGAAGCAGCGGCUGGGUGGACUGCUGGGCGGUACCCAUCGUGGCCCUGUGCAUCAACUACACGUACCACCCGGCUCCGCCCCUCGGCCCGCCGCCCCAGGCGAACAUCACCACCCCGGAGAAGGAGGAGAUCCUGCUCUCCCCGAUCAGGAUCCCUCGCUGCCGCAAGUCCCCGGCCAUCCACUGGGCCCAGGAUGGUUCACAGAAAUUUGACCCAACUACUAUGGCUCCAGAUAAAGUGAAUGUUGAUUUGGAAAUUGGACCUUCAGAGUUGUUGUUGUAUGGUUCACUGUUGCGUGGAUUCCUGAAUUUGAAGGAGAACAUAUUUGGCGAGUACCAGUCGUUCACGGACAUGCAGCAGAGCAGUGCUGCCACUUCCCCCACGACGAGCGCGGGUGCGGACAUAGUCGGUCCCGGGGGGGACGCUGGGUCGGACGACGGCGACCCGGGCAAGGCGAAGAUGUUCGACCCGAGGCAGUAUCGACCCUUCGAGGUGACUGUGUCCAUCACGAUGCAUGACAUACACGCCCAUCUCGUCAAGAAUUGCAACGAAGAGGAUCCACCGUGCCCUGUCGUCAUCCUGGAAAGAUUUGGUUUUGAAAUGAAAAAGGAGUAUCGUGAGACACAGCUACAGUUGCUGCUGUCGCCCGCCACCCUUCUUAUUUCCGACAGCUUUGCUCGCUCCAGCAAGGACGCUCACCUCGCACAGGGUCACCUCAUGCUCUCCGGACUGCAGGUGCGUGGACACGCCAUGUUCAGCGAUGAAGGUCGCACAUUAGAUCAAGAGACAGUUGAAUACGCAUGGCUUGUUGAGAUCCAGUUGGGAAAAUUGAGUGGGAAACUUACUGCAUCUCAGCUGCACCACCUGGUGACCGGCCUGGAAACGUUCCUGCUGCUGGCACGGGACGCUGAGAACAACCUGCGGCCACCCCGCCUGUCCCGGGUGUGCCACCACGGCCUCCCUCCCCUGGAGUGCGCCCGCUCGGACGUGGAGAGCAGGCAGCACUGCCCCGCCGGCGACGACCUCAAGUACCGCAUGACGCGGCUGGCCGUCGAUGCGCUGGACUUGUACCUCGUGGAGCACGGCACCGCCGUCCAGAUGUGGGCCUCUCCAGUUCGGGUGGCAACGUGCAACCUCCACGGCCACUAUGUCAGGUCAGGGGUCACCGGUGUCCUGCCAGCCAUCCAGGUCCGGCAGUUCGUCACAUCCGGAGGCAACUUCAACAACCACAGCAACACCAACACUGCAAGCAGCGGCCGGUCACAUGCCAAGAGGCAGGACGGCCAGGAGGUGUGGCUGGAGGUGGGGUCUGUGUCCGUGGGCCCGCUGACAGCGGAGGCAGCUGUGUCGAUACCAGCUCCCGAGGAAAAUCUCCACACUGUGCAGCACAGCUAUCUGAGAAUGCACGACAAGGCCUCCAAGCGUCUCUGGUUCCUGUGGGUGGGAGAGGAUAGCACAGUCAAGCAGGUGAACACGUGUGGCUGCAUCGGAGGCUGCGUCUUCUUCGGCAACAAUCACAAUGGCCUCAAGUUUUUCAAGCCCAGCCAGCAAGAUGUCAAAGAUGGCGUCAAUAUGGCGGCUUUCAGGAUUAAUGAGCCGGGAAAAGACCCAGGCUUUGGCCAGAGUAUCUUGCACAAAGGUCAACUGGUCUUCCACACACCGCCGUACGACUCGCAUGACAUACUUUUACAGGAGCCAUUGUCUGGCUGGGACAAGACAGCACAUGGUGGUAAUGUUAAGGUAGUGACUCCGGUUGAAGCUCUCGGCCCAGAGGCGACAGUGAUGGACAGCCACAGACAGAUGAGCAGCACUGCGUCUCCGAGUUCUGUGAGCAGUCGCGGAUCUCGCCGGCACCUGGGACGCAGGUUCUCAUACACUUCAGCCGGAAACAGGGUGUCCAGUGGCAACGUGUGGGAUGUUCCGUACGCACCUCUUGUAGACAACAGUCCCACGAACUUGCUGCCUCCGAAACUAGACAGUGACUCAAAGCUGAAUUCAGAGUGUGGCAAGUCGAUCCUGAACGUGCCUGAAUCGGAACCGUUGUCAAAGAGCAGUAUAUCUGACUCAAAACUUGCAGUGGACUACUUCACAAGUGCAGUGAAACAACAGCCUCCCGCUUCAACUGAAGGCAACAUGGAACCGCAGGUCGCAGCUCCCCCGAGCGCCAGCGGCGAGGUGACAGCGUCCGACUCGCAUCACUCCUUGGCCGUAGCUCCGAGCAGAGAAGAUGCCAUCAGCAAGGAGGUCCAGCGGACAGUGUCCAUGAGCAGCGAGAACCACUCCGAGGCGUUCUACUCGGCCGACGAGGAGGUCAGUCCCGGGGGCACGACGGCCAGCCGGACCUCGUCGCUCCGCCACUCCGGCGCUGCCGGCGGCAUGGCGGCCUCGCCCUUCGUGCGUGAGGGCUAUGCACCGGGGAAGAAAUUCUCGAGUGAGCUGAGUAUCGUGCCAAGCAGCUCGGUGCAUAUGGUACCUCUGAGCCACACUUUGUCCACGGGAGCGGCUAAUGUAGAGCUCAGGUCACGCCUCUCCAGUCACCGCAGCGACCACGAGAUACACACCCAGGAAUAUCGCAAAAAUGAGCUGAUACGGGCAUCGAAUGUGGACUUGAGCCCCGUGGAGCCAGCAGAAUGCAUGUUCCAGUGCACAGAGAACACGUUGCUGGACUCGUCCGACUCUCGCUCGGUGUCCAGCACGUCCUUCAUUUCGGCCAUGUCGUCGCAGGAGGACAUCACGCUGGUGAACCUGCAUAUGCAGAUCAACAAGCCGAUCAUCGACUCCCCGUUGCUCAUGUCCAGCUACGUCACUCACCUGUCCCAGGUUGGCUGCAGCAACUGGACUCGGUCUUCAUUUCCAACAGGAUGUGAUGCCUUUACUACAUCGCUUUUUCAGAGAAUUGAUAAUGGCAGCCUUGUGUACAUUGGUGGGAAAUAUUCCCCUCGUUUCCAGACUCUGUCUGAAGGUUUCACGUCAUUUAAGAUGAUUGGUCGUAAUACGGAGCAGCGAAGCUCUCCGCCUACAAGCGGCAAGACACAGACUUUUCCGUAUGCUUGGGACCCAAAUGUAUUGAUUAACUCUGAACCUAAGGAACUGGAGACAGACAGCGAAAGAGAACUUUUACUCUUACAGAAUGACUUAGGAACAAGAACUACUGUUGUUAUCAAAUUGAAGGGUGACAUGGAUGUAAUGGUCACACCUCUUGUUUUAGAAUCUUUGCAGAGGUUCAUAGACGCGGUGACGCCGUCGCUGGCCACCCAGCACCCGCACAGCAUGCUGAACCGCCUACACGCAGAGUGCCUGGCCAGGGUGGAGGGAGCCAACAUCCUGAAGAGGGACCGGUCGCUGUCCUACCUCAGCCAGCUGCAGGCGGGCAGCAAGAGGAGCACCGCCGAGAGGGACCUGCGGGGAGCCCCCCUGCACUCCGGCGUGUACGAGGAGUCCGUCUGCACCCAGACCCAGGGCACCGUCAUCCUGCCCAAGAUUAACAUAACUGUUUUACAAGCUUCUGUUGUGGAAGAAAUUAUUUCAUUUUCUGCUCUGGACAACAUUAGAGACCUGACGUGUGUGUCCUUGUUGGCAAUAUGUUUUGAAAAUAUCACGACUUCAUUUCACUUCAGGAAACAGGCUCGAGAAGUUGUGCAAACAUUCCAUCGCCCAGCAGUCCUGCCGAGCGGCCACAAGAAAUCCAGCGGUGGCAUCAAGAUAGGAGGCAAACCGUUUGUUUUGGGGCACCAGUCGACGACAAUCACCCCCACCCUCGGGGGUGAGCCAGUGUACAUCGAGACAUCAGAGAAGCAGCAGGAAGAAAUUCUGGUCACACUUAACGUUGGAAAUAUUCAUACCCAGCUCAGGAGGUUACGAAAUGAGAGCUCGAUCUUGAAGGAUGCGGUCAUAACUGCAAUCCCCGCACAGUACUCGAGGGUUCUGUUCACGUGUGCCAGGGUGAUGUCACCGAUGCGAGCGGUAGACUACUACUUCCAGCAGCCCUCCUCUGCCGGCACAAGUGGAAAUGGAGGUCGGCACUCAAGCAGCUCGCAAGGAGUGGAUGAACAAAACAACGACGACAAGUUGGGCUUUAUUAUGUUUGAAUGUGGUCUGGAAGGUGUAUCGAUUCGAGUGGUGAAACGAUCACAGUUUGACAAAGAUGAUGAUGAAACCCAGAGGGAUACUCAGACUGAUAAUAAAAAUACUGUGACAUUGAAAGAUGAUGUUGAAGUAAUGGAGAAACAACAACAGACAUCAGCUACUGGAGGUCCUUCAGUUCAAGGAGAAAGCAACAUGUCAUCUUCGGCGGGUCCCAAGACAUCCAAAACACCUCCAGAAGGUGGCAGUGUUCCGGAAACAGGCUCUAAUUGUUUGGAGGCAUUCAAAGCUACCAAAGAUAACACCUCAUCGUGUGUGAUAGAGUUUAAAACAGUGUGGUUCAACUUCGCUGCUCCUCCGAGAGCUCCGAUAACCAGGAAGAUUGACUUCACUCGGCUUGACUGGAACCUGCUGAGCACCGCUUCGCCUGCCAUCAACGCUUGGAUGAACCCUAGCAAUCGCUUUGCCAUCCGCGUGGUCCACAUGGUUCGAUGUGUGUACCGUCGCUCCACGGCCAUCGUGGCUUGCCUCAUGGCUGAAGCUCUGGAUGAGCAUAGCGUCCAUUUGCCUAUAAGGAGUCGUUACGGCCGGUUCACUCCUCUCGCCAAGACACUUCAAGAGGACCCAUCCUGUCAGUUGUGCUGCAUCUUGCGCAAGUACAUGCUUCAGACGGAUCUGGGGGUGAUCGAAGCCUACCUGAAGGAGAACGAGUUGCCAUUGCUUUCCACGCUUCGUCAGGGCAUUAUUGUGCUGAGUCGUCAGUGGAAGUUUGUUGUGUACACACCUUUGCUGUUAGACCACAACUACAAAAGCAAGCACAUCAAACCCCUGAAUGUUACUUUCACUGCACCUGAACUAGAUGAGGAGAAUGUGUUGACGGAUGGGGAGGGUUCGGGCGAGGAAUGCGAGGUGACGGAUGAGUGUGCCAUGCUGUUAAACACGCACGGCAGUUCGCUUCACAAGGGGCACAAAGACAAAGCACAAGAGAAAAGUGGCCCACCGCCCAAGGGGGAGGAGGCUCUGUCGCCACCCGUCAACUCCCCCCAAGGGGAUCAGCAGGUGACCCCGCCGCCCGGCAUCGUGGUCAGCUCCGGAGGCGCGGACAGCCUCUUCAAUUCGCCGUCGCCCCCCUCGGCACGGCAGCCCGGUGGCCGCGGGAAGAAGAAGAAGUCGCUGCCCCCCUCGCACCCCCCUUCCUCGUCGAGGGCCAGCAUCGUGUUUCCUAUCAUGGGGGUCAACCCCUUCCAGGGGGCGGCGGGUCAGCGCAAGUUUGACAUUGAUCGCCUGAUAGGCUACGGGCCCUUGAAGGAGGAGCACAGCUGCGGCACGGGGCCCCGCCAGCUGGGCUCGAACCCCAGUCUGUACUCUGGCGGGCACGGCAGCCAGCACUCGGUGACCAGCCAGGAGAACAACCACGCGGCGGCGGCGGGGGGCGGCACCGGCCCGGGCAGCGGCGACGACCUCUACAGCUGGAUGGCCAAGCAGCAGGACUUCGUGAAGACUGCCGACGGCAGGCACCAGGCUCGGGCCCACGUCGGCGCGGCGGAUUCAAAAUUGAACACCAUGACCACAGAGGACACGCUCGAGGAAACCGAGUACCUGGCGAAUGCCAAAGGUGGUUUCAACCUGUACCCCAUGCACGACUCACUGCGGCUGCUGGAUGCCCACCUGAUAUUCGAGCCGCUUCUCUCGUGCCUGGGCGUGAUGCCGCGGCAGAUGAUCAGCAAGCUGAGUGGCGUCUCGUCAGGCCACGGAGGUGCUAAUCCAUCGACUUUCGACACGUGGGGGUCAAACCUGACCCUGGUUGGUGGCAUCGAAACUUUGAGGAUUGACAUAGUCGUGAGUGAGCACGGCAGGUUUGUUGACAAGAAGAAAGGGAAAGCAGGGGCUGUUGGCACUGCAAACAAAAAUAUGAAGAAUGCAGGAGAUAAAUUCUAUCUUGAUAUCCCACAAGAAACACCGGCAUUUUUGUGUGAGAAAAUGAGUGUGGAACUAGAUCUGAAGAAGAUGGCUGACAUGACUGUGGAUGAAAUGAUUCAGAAGCAGAAUAUACUGUACAUUUCUCGUGGCCAGUUGAAGAAGCAUACCAGCUCAGUGAUAAACAUCAGUCUGAAUGUACGCUACAUUUCACAGCAGGUAAACAUGCCGUUGCUUCGCCUUCUCCACCAGAUCAGUAACAUGUACCAGAAUGCCAAGGAAACUCAAAUGGAGCUCAAAGAGCAGGAGCCGGAAGGCAAGCAAGGCACAGCAGCCGGAGAAUGCAAGGAUCAUAAAAACGGAUCAUCCUCCACAUCUGAUCUGCAGGAGCAAGCAUCAGUAAGUGAUGAAAAGUUGAAAGAACCUUUCACUCAUCAGGGUUUUAAUUUGCCCAUGUCCUUAAGUCAGCAGAAAAUGAUAUCCCCAUCUUCGUCACUACGCUCUCGGCCUCAGAGCUUUGCCCAAAAAUUACGUUCUACAAGCAAAAGUGUUAAAGGCUACAUGAACUUGAACGAGGGUAUCACCACGCCCAUGUUCGCCAUGAGCCCCUCGGGGUCGGGCCUGGAUCACGUGGCCGCGGGGGCAGAGAGGUGCAAGGACCACGCCCACUUGCAGCCCCGCUGCUGGAGGACCGUGUACUAUCUGCUGGACCUGUACGCCAUCAUGCCGGAGACCAAGACCAUCACACACAGGUUUUCCGUAACGCCGGACGUAGCUGCCUCGUCCAAAACCAGCAGAAAACCUGAUGUGUCCGGCGACUCGAAGGUGGCAGAGGACGUGGAGAAGGGCAACGGCAGUCCAGUGGGGAAACCACAGCCAUCGAAGAUAAACGUCCCAAGGGAGUCCUUCAGAGAAGUCAACGUGGUGACAGGGGAGCGGACGCGCCUGGUCCUGUUCGGAGUGGCGCGCAUCCACCGGACGCGCCUGCUGGCCACGCUGAGCGGCCUCAAGCUGGAGGCAGAGAUCACCAGCCUGCACUCGAGCCUCACCUGCCGCAAGAAGUCGCGCCCCGCCAGCAUGGAGUGCUCGCUCACCGGCCAGGUGGGGCGCACCAUGAUCGUGCUCCUGGAGGGCGUGGCGCCCAGCCAGCAGACUGUUGUUAAAGUGACAUUCGGCAAGUCGCAGACUCUGUACUCCAGCAUAUCUCGCCGUUCGAAAGACAAGAACUCUGGGUUCCUGACAAUAGGUGCUGUGAACAUAGACAUCCCUCAGCACCCGGUGGCGCUGCACGGCAUGAUGACUCGCGGCAGCAAGCAGCUGUCUUCCACUCUGCAGGAACUGCGAACGUCGCGUGCCCCGAGCCGCAUGUGCCGGGGAGCCGUCCCGGAAGAGGUCGACUCGGGAACGCAGCAUUCACCCCGGCACUUCCAAUUCUCGCAGACGUCCGUGGGUGGCCUGCCCCGGCCUCAGGUCGAGACAAGCCUCCUGCAGCCACUGGUCAUGCAGUUCUCCAUCAUCCUGCAGAGCCUGAGCAUCACCGCGGCCCUCCUGCCGUCGCUGCAGGCCCAGUACAAGAUGGACCAAGUGAACAGCACGGGCGUCACAGGCGGCAAGGCCAAGUUCACCAUCGACCUGCCGCAGCACUCGCUGAGCUUCACCACCAAGCUGCAGGUCAUCGAGGCAAACCUACCUUCAGAAGCCAGCAUUGAGUUGCCAAAAGUACACGUCUCUGCAGAGUACAUUCAGGAUGGUAAUAAUGCUAUUGAAGCACAGUUUGCAGACGGAGUUGUUUUGCGGCAAGGCAGUUACUUGAGUGCAGUAGCAGACAUUGGCGUUUUCGAACAUUCACUGACCACAGACUUGCUGAACCAUCUGGUUUUUGUACAGAAAGUUUUCAUGAAGGAAGUGAAUGAAGUAGUACAGAAAGUGUACGGCGGUGAGAAACCAGUGCCUCUAUGGCUGGAAGGGAAUGAAGACUCCUCAGUUUCAUCCCUGAAAAGAAUUUUGUUUUCAUUAGUCAUCAGAAUAAAGAGGAUCCAGCUGACAGCGACCACGCCCACGAACUCUGCGGUGCGGCUGGAGACGGGAGCAGUGGAGUUCCAGCUGUCGAACAGAGUGCAGAACGUGUCCGGCUCCACCCAGCCCAACCCCUACAUGAAGAUAUUCGGGAAGGCACAGGUGGACAUCAACCUGAGCCUCGGCCAGCUCCUCAAGAACGUCAUGUUCGAGGAGGCGGAGCCAGAGUUCCAGCAGUACGCCUUCUUCAAGACUAGAAUAGGUCUGCGUAAUGCAUUCCAAGAUGAAAUGGUUGAAGGUGAAGAUAAGGAAAUGGUGUUGAUUACAUUGUGCCGUCCCCUUGUGUAUGUUCAACCAAUGGCGGUUGAUAAAGCCAUAUUAGUGUGGUUGAACUAUAAGAAUGCUUAUGAAUACUGGAAUGAACAGCGUUCCAGUCUCAACAAAGAAGUACUUACAGCUACACAACAGGUUUUUGAAAAAGUUCCGUUUGGUCAGCUAACCAGCCAGUUGAGCUCACCUCACCUCGGAAUGCUGUUUCUUCAGUUGACAGUAGAUGAUUUGGGAAUCUGUUUGCCACUGAAUCCUUUGCCACCGGCAUCGUGGGGGAUGAGCCGGCAGUUGUACGACCUGGAGAGCCACGGGGCCGUGGUGGUGACCUUGGAGAGCACCAGCAUCUCCGCCUGCAGCUCCGGCUCGCUGGUCAGCAAGGGCCGCUUCGUGGGGCUGUGCCUGCGGUUCGCCGACGACUUCGAAACCAGCCUGGACGACUGGAAGCCGGACAUGAGCGACAGCAGCAUCAUGAACCUGUGCGUCGUGUCGGAAGGCACCUACGAGGUCUGCAGCCGCACCAUCGCCCAGAAGCAAGGGGCCGCGGAAAACGCCAAGUGGAUCUUGAACGUGCAGUGGCAAAUGGAAGGCGUGGACAUCCACUUGGAUGUGAACGUGGGGAAGCAGCUGUCGGCCUUGGGCCACACGCUCACCAUGCUGACUGGCUCCCAGGAGGACGAGGAGCCUCUCAUCCACGCCGACUACGACAGCGACGAGGCGGACCACCUGGACGGAAACGCUCCUUCCCUGGAAAGCAUAAGCGUAAGGCGGUCUCGUAACCUCACAGAUAGUCUCCCUGCAUUUGUGUUUGACCCAAAUUUGGAUGCGAAGAAACGCUCAAAACUGAUAGAGAAGGAAAUGAAUGAGCAGGCGAAGAUAAUCAAUGACCUUCGUUCGCUGGGGGCCUCCCAUGGCACCAUCGAACAGGAGAUGAAGAGACUUCAAGAGCUGGAAGCAAUGGUGUUCAAGGAUUUCCGCAGGGACAUGAUCCAGAAGUUACGGAGACAGAGCGUUAAAGCAUCUUCCAUCAAAGGGAAGUUUGGGUUAGGCUCCAAGUCCAGCACUUAUCGUUCCCGCUCCUUCAUUGUGCCGUCACCGACGCCCGAGCACCACAUUGAGAUGGAGAGUCCAGAUGUAGCCGGUGGAGCAAGCCUCAACUCAAACGGUACCUCCGGGAGUUUCGAGAGCUCGCCUCGAUCGGGACCGUCACGCUCUGCCUCUCUUCGAGUGCGUGGGCUGGGCCCACGAGUCACUUUCAGCGACACACACAACAUCUGCAGCAGGCAGUCGUCGCUACCGAGCGCAGGGUCUGAUCUGAGCCUCCCAGAAGGCGACCUUGACUGGCCGGAACACAUUGACAUCGACGGAGAGAAGGUUGAGCUACGAAGAAAGUCGUCAACCUACUCUACUGCAAGCUAUGAUUAUGUGGACGGCAGUUGCAAGGAACAAGGUGCAACCAGCCCUGCAUCGUACGCAGCGCCGUUCCAGAAGCCUCAGGAACCGAGCAUUGACUUUGAGCUGGAUGUGAAGGUGUUCAUCAACAGUGGCAAGUGUGUCCUUCAUACGAAAGAUCCGUCCAGAGACGAUGAGCUGAAGCUGAUGAGCCGCAUGAAGAAGGAGAGAAGUUGUUCGGGGGGAAUGUUUGACUUCCCUCCUCCGAGUCCCAACAUGAACCGUCGCAAUAAAGACAACAAGUAUGGGUUCCCGUCGAGCUCACGGCUGCGGUACCUGCACGGGACUGUAUCGCAGCUGGUGGAUCUCACGAUAUUCCACAUCCCCGGCCUGGACGUUAAGGUCCAUUACGAGUCCAAAAUUCUGCAUAAAGAACUGCCGCGCCUGCCGAAUGAUUCAACGGCUUCGGCCAGGAAAAGCGGAACAAAAAAGGCAAGCUUGUUUGCGUGGAUGACGCUUCAGACCAUCCCAGAGGAAACUAUCAUCAGCCCACAUAUCUUGGAGUUCCUUGAGCAGACUUUGGAGCCUCUACCAUCCAACCUUCAGCAGGCAAAGAGUGCUUUUGCGUCCGCAGGGCCCGUAAACACCAUGUUCGCCAUGGACCAAGACUCUUCGUGGGUGUCGGCUGCCAACACUAGCAACUACGUGUACGCCUCCUUCCCCGUCGACGUCAUAGUGUACUUCCACAUGCAGCCGUCCACGUUCCGCUUCUCCUGCCUGCCGGUGUCGCGGGUGGAGUGCAUGCUGCAGCUCCCGUCCCUGGAUAUCGUUUUUUCAUCCAAAAGAGCGGAAGAGGAAUUGAACAGUGAGUUCAGCGAGUUAAAAAUGUCACAAUCUCCCCGUUCAUCAAGUCAAGAUUCUUAUUCGUCUCGAUUUGAGAUACCGUCAUCAGCAGUUGGAGGGUUGAGCGUAACAGGCUGUCUGGCUGAUUUCUCUGUGUACAUCUUUCAUCCGUACGGAGGUGGCAAGAAGACAGGUUUGAAGGAAGCCCAGUGGUCUCCCCUGGCAGACAGCGAGAGGAAAGACUCUCUGAGCGUCAACGUUGAGUUUGUGAAGUUCCACUUGUCUCGUAGCCGCAAGCUGAACUUCCAGUUGGAUCAGCAGCUCCCCUGUAAAGGACUGAAGAACUCAGAUCAGAGUCAAGCUGUUAUACGUUUCUCUACCAUAAUUGACGUGGGGAGUGCGUCCUUCAAGUACGACAUGCGUCGCCUGACGGAGAUCCUGGCGUUCCCCAAGGCGUGGUACCGCCGCAGCAUAGUGCGCCGGUUGUUCCUGGGUGACCUCACCAUCCACCCGACGUGCAGCGAGGGCGAGGAGUCCUCUCCGUCCAGCGUGGAAGAGGACGUCCUGGCCUCGCAGUCCCUGGGCCGGGACAGCAGUGGCAGGCAUGUCGUAGAUGGUUCAGGGUUGUCUCGAUCUGCUCCAACGGCAGAUAAAAGCCCCUUGCUGUCCACCAGGGAAAGGUUGCGACUGAGCUUGGAGAACGACAUUGCACGCCAUUCAAAGUUCCAAGACACCGGCAAAAUGACAAGCAAGGAUGACACUCCAAGUCCAUUGGACCAGAAAUCCAGCUCGGCCUGGGAGACAUUGGUGCUGUUUGCAGUGAACUUUACCAAGUUGAAUGUGCAUAUGAACAUGGGAAAUGUGAUGGGCAAUGUAAUGUGGCUGACGAAGGACUUCAGAUCAGAAGGCCGCUUGUCUAUUGGUAGCACUGGCCACAAGAACAUGUACGUCGGGAUUGGCCUCGGGGGUUCCAGCCUGGAUGCCAAAGGUGGCAUUGUAGGUGGCGCCAUCGAGCUUAGCAAGAUUGAUACUUACAUACACAUCCGAGAGGACCCAGGAACGGAGCCGGACCACACUGUGGGGCUCAAGCUGUUUGCGCUGGAGCUGCGCUUGGACUACAUGGGCACAGGCGUGCUCAUGUCCCGCGUCAGCGCUCUUUCCGUGUCGCUGCGCGACGAGUGGAAAAUUCAUCGCGCCAGCAAACCCUCCGAUGCGUUCAUUCCUACCAGAAGACCAGCGAUGAUCUUCAUGCACGGAGAUCUCGGCUGGGACCAACUGCAGCUGAUGAUCUCGAAGUCCACCACCGCAGACCUGCUGAAGAUGUUCUACAAGCUGGACGAGUUCUUCUCCCAGCAGUUCAAGAGCAGCAAGCGCGUGUUCUCCAGCCUGCAGCCUCGACCGCACCCCCGCUCCAGCAGCUUCAAGAAGAAGCACCAGACACACAGCAGGAAGAAAGUUGUCAGCGAAGGGCUGCGUCCGGCGUGGACCGGCUCGGUGACGAGCGACGCCCGCCACCACCGCCACUGGCAGCGCGUGCUCUCCCUGGUGGCAGGGGUUCACCUCUCCACCCUCAGCUUCCCGCUGCCUGUGUCGGGCACCGUGCUGGGGGGCACCAUGGAGCUGCACGGCAACAACAUCUCCCUCGCCUGCUUCCACGGCAUCAACUUCAAGUCCAAGUCGUGGGCGCUCUUCUCCCUCAAGGAGCCCUGCAUCUCCUUUGCCACCGAGGCACAGGAGGUUCCCUCCGGCGAAGUGACCACCCGGCAGGACGUGCACGUGGUGCAGACGCUGACGUUCAGCCUGGGCAUGAUGGCGGACCACCCGCACGCCCAGCACCACAGCAUGGCCACCGUGUGCCGCAUCAGCCGCAACGUGCUGUUCCCCCCGCAGUUCCGCACCCUGCAGGAGUGGUUCUACUACGCCUUCUCCAACAGCGAGAUGGACGCUGUGGAUAGGUUCCCAAGCCUGGAGCGCGAGAAGAUGGAAAAUUCAGAGCAGCAGAGAUCGCGCAGCAGUAGCAGUUCCAAACUGCAAGACCCGAAUCACACCCGAGAAGUUAUCUUUGCUCUGCCGUCUCUUCAGCUUCACCUCAAGACUGAGCACCUGCAGACGGCGAGGACGCCCGAAGUCACGGCAAACAAGCCUACUGUAGAAUGCAGUUUUAUCACCGAGUUUGAAGAUCAUAUCUUCGUAACUGUUGAUGCUGAAGCAUUCUUUUUCCUUCAUGAUCUCAUCACAUCUUAUGUUAAAGAAAAGGAAAGAGUGAUAACGUCAUCAGUUAGUGGACUGCGCACUCACAGCCCAGAUAACGAACGGCGUGGUAGGGAAUUUCUCGCUGCUAACGGCAGCGAAGAUGAAAGAAAGCGCAAAGCUUUUGACCCUGCGGAAAUUUUCACGAAAGACUGGAGGAACUACCAUUGCAAGACGUGGCAUUUGGAACCAACUGUCAGGCUCCUGUCGUGGGCGGGCAAGAGCAUCGAGCCGUACGGAGUGGACUACAUCCUGCAGAAGCUGGGGUUCUCGCACGCCCGCACCACCAUCCCAAAGUGGGUGCAGCGCGGCUUCAUGGACCCGCUCGACAAGGUCCUGGCCUUGCUGAUGCUGCGCAUGAUCGCGGUCGUGCGCGAGGAGCCCGGCGCCGAUGACGUCGCGUAGUCGUUUGUUUCCGCCCGCUCCGCACCAGCGUUGCGUCGUGCAGGGGGAGCCAAACAAUUCCAAAUACUUUCAGAGAAAGUUCAUUUCGAUGAGAUGCUCAUUUCGUGAAAUUACGGCACUUUUUGUUGUGUUCUUACUUCAAAUUUAAAGGCAGCCAAAGUUUUUUUUUUUUUUUUAUUGAGAAUGUUAUGUAUGAUCUAAGUUUUCAUAGUGGUGGAAUGGUUCACUUCCCAAUUUCACUGUUCCUUAAUUAAUAUCCUAUUUUCUAAGAAUAUAUAAUUAUUUCGUAAUGACAUUUUUCUCUGUUCAAUUAUAAUAGGGAAUUGAGGAAGAUAAAUUUACAUACACCAAAUUGUAAUAUUUCACCUAAAUUCAAAAUGAAAUUAAGAUGCUCUUUUUUACCUGCCAUUUUUUUUUUCUUAUUCAAAAUAUUUUGUAGGAAUAUUUCAAAUAUUUCAAACUAUAGAAGUAUAGUUUUAUUCACAACCCAGUUGUAAGAACACAGGAUUAACUUAUAGUGAGUGAUCACUAUGCAAUAAGUCAGACAAAGGCCUUAAUAAUGAAUAUUUGCCUGAAAAUUUUACGUGUAGCAGAUAAUGUGUUGAAUAUAUAUCUGGCUCAAAAAUUAAAAAAAAGUAAUUAGCUAUUUUGUGAAGGAAAAUUUUCUUAAUAAUCGCUAUCAAAUACAUGAUGGAUGAUUAUGUAGUUUGUGCUAGACCCAUGUGACAGUUUGAACUGAUGUUUGUGUUGGUGCUAUGAUGAUCAAAUUUAAUGUUUUUCCAUAUCAUGUUCAUGAUGAUUUGAAUGGCUUUAUUUUCCAAUCUGAUCUCUGCUUAUGAUUCUUAGGUUAGUGUACUGAAUGAGUCAGAAUAUUUACACGAUUUGUUUGUGGGACAGUCUUGGAGACAACUUUUUUUUUCCUGGUUAACCUUUUGAUCUAUAACUGUGUCUUCAGUUGGCUUACCCGAAUCAGAUUAUGAAAGAUAUCAAUAAACUUUUUUCUAAAAUGAUAUUCUUAAAGUAUGUUAUGAUGCUACUACUACUGUUUUUGUAAAAUAAUCUUACUUUGGCUUUAGGUAAAACAGCAUAAAUAAUAUUAAUAAUAAUAAUAUAAAUGUGAUAAUUGAUAAAUGUACACACCCUGGGUGUUUAGUGUUGGGUGCCUGAUAUUUGCUGCUAAUUUCUUGACAGUUAUCCAAAAACCACAAAUAUUUAGUGUGCGAGGGUUCAACGCUCUUAACUUUCCAAUGACAAACGAAAGUUGUAUUUGUGAAAGAGAACUGAUUUCAUUAUAUGAUAAAAUAAAACAGACACUGACAAAGGUUGUUGCAGCUAGAGUCCAGUAAACAAAAUAACAAUAGCGUAACAAUCUGUGGUGAACUCUCUGACGACAGUUCAUUAUCUUCACAGUUUAAACUCAGGAUUUUUGAGAAAAAAUAUUUAAAUUUAUUUUAAAAUAAAUGUUUGUUAUGAAAAUUACUUAAUUCCAGACUAGUUCAAUUCAGUGUUAUAUGGGAGGCUGACUCCCAGACCUCUAUUCUUGAGAAGUUCCGUGCGUGAAUAUAUAGUUUUUAUUUUAUAAUAAAAGAAUUUACAUAUCCAGUCAAUCUGAAUAUUAAAAUGUUCAUUGGGGUGUGUAGAAAUUUUAAGGCCCAAAACAUGCGUCUCUGGAUAUGACAAUUGUUUUACAACAUAAUGGCGUCAGUAAAUUGUGAGUUAACUGUUAAUCCAAUAUGGCCUACGUUGGCAGCCGCUGGACCAGAAAGCGCUAUUAACACACAUAAUAGUUUAUGACUUGCACGCAGAUCACUUAAACUUAGUACACAUUUAUUACCGCAAUUAUUUUAUACACUUUUGUGUUACUGCACUAUUGUUUGGCAGUAUUUGUAAUCCGGCAAAGCAUAACUGGCGUGUGAGGCAGCAUCUCACACAGGGCUGGUCCAAACGACUCUAUGGCAAUGUUCCAAAUCACAUGUUGGCAUUGCCAGAGACACAAACGGUUUAUAAUUACCUAAACCCUAAACAUGUAAUUAUAUAAUUUGGUCUCACUGACAUAAAAUAUACAUAAAAUAAGGUCCAAAACAAAAUAAUGUUCAAAAUGAAUGUGUACAAUUCAUGUAAACCAACAAUAUAGUUUAUUUGGGUAGCUGGGCAACUGUAAAUAAACAUGAUGAAUACUGUUUACAGUACCCUGAACUAGUGUAUCAGUACAACGUAUUCCUGAAACUUGAGUUCUAUAUAACUUAAAAAAUUCUUCCCUACCUACUUUUUAUGUUGUCAGAUAUGGAAAAUAGUAUUAAUUCCCGGCUUUGUGAUUUUUACAUACUUGGUCAUUAAAUGCAGAGUAAAUAAGCUAACAUUAACUCAGUUUUAAAAAUGAUUUGAGAAUAUUUAUGAAUCAUUCCAUCACUAAGUUUUAUAGCUUUAAUUAAUAAUUUGUAUGUGAUUUCUUUAAAUGGAUUACUUGACUAACCUUACAAUUUUUUUUUUUUGUGAUGAGUAGGUAACGCUAGUUUAUAUUGCAGCUUUAGUAAAAAAAUUUCUUGUGCAAUUUGAAGGGCUAUAGAAAGAAAACUAUUUCAUGACACUAGGUAUAAUUUUGUUUUAUAAGUUUAAUACAUAUGUAUACUGAAUAAAAAAUAAAAAAUUAAUUUUAAGAAUGUUUCCACUGGGUGUGCUUGUGUUACACUCUUAGUAAAUGAAUAGUUUCCAUGCACAUUGUAUCAAUAUGGUUGUGUAUUUUGUUGAUACCUCUUUUCUUGAGAAACCAGAUAACUGUGAUAGUUUAUCUCUUUUUACUGUACUCAUUUUGUUAAGUUUGACAUUUUGUAGUCCUGAAAGUUAUUGUUAGCUUUGGAUAAGAAUUCUGACCAUUGUGUGUUGUAUUUGUAUAAAAUAAUUGUUAAUAAAUUAUGUUAAUUUAUAAUUUAUAAUUUAUAUUUCUUUACCAUGCUAUUUUUUAUUUAUUCUCGCAAAUGAUUACGUAUAUUGAAUACAUAAAAAUAAAAAUAAAAAUAAAAAUUGUGUCCUAGAAUUGCUGGCUAUGCAUGGACUUACCUGUGCCCUUACAAAUUCCACAUCGAGGAAAAGGGGCCGUAUCGUGAGCACCGAAGGUUGUCAGCCAGUGCCAGACCAGCAAAACUGUCACCAACACCACAAACAGCUUCAGCAGCUCAUGGGUCUCCACAGUUGACCGCAGCUUCAUCCAAACUGCGCCACUGUCCCCACCCCCUUGAUUAAACUUCUGACACCAAAGCACAAAUUUUGAUGGACGGAGGCCGCUGAGUGAGCCCUCGUCAGUGUCAAGUGGUUGUUCCGCGAAUGUCACAUCCUCUCCAGCCCAAAUCCUGACAAGCACAUCUUCAUAC